GUGACGCGAGGAAAGCGGACGUGAUAAGCCCGUUAGGUGACUGCUCUAUCAGCCACACUGCGACGAGAUGAUCGUGGCUGCGAACGCAAUUUUACCUCGAUCGAGAAUACGUGAAACUUGCUAGGAUAAUUAAUCCUCGCCAUGAUCACGAGGAACGCGUGGCUCGCUGUCGCUUGCUUCCUCUGCGGCCUUUUUUCUUGCAAUGGCUCGCCUCUACUUCUAUUUGGCACUCAUAAGGACAUCAGGGUGGCCAAUAUAUCUCGUAACAACAAGGUUAACAUCAUCAUCAAGGAUUUGUCAGAAGGUGCGUCGCUGGACUUCUUCUAUGAGCGUGAGCUGAUUUGUUGGUCCGACAGCAGUUUAGAGAUGAUACAGUGCAUUCGCUAUAACGGCACGCAUACCGGCGAGAAGCUAACGGUAGUGAACUCCAGUUUGAUAUCACCCGAUGGUCUUGCUUGCGAUUGGUUUACGGAUAAACUGUACUGGACGGAUGGCGAGAAGAACCGGAUCGAGGUGACCAGCAUCGACGGUCGUAACAGGAAGGUGCUCUUCUGGAAUGACAUUUAUCAGCCGCGUGCAAUCGCCCUGGCGCCCAUGGAAGGAUACCUAUUUUGGACCGAUUGGGGCGACGUGCCUAAGAUUGAACGUGCCUCGAUGGAUGGUGAUCCGAAUACGCGCGAGAUCAUCGUCUCUGAUGACAUAUUCUGGCCGAACGGCUUGACGAUUGACUAUGAAAAUAGACUCAUCUACUGGGCGGAUGGUAGACUACACUUUAUUGCCGUAAUGGAUUAUCAUGGCGGUAAUAGACGCAGAUUGGUCAAUCGCGAUUUGGACUAUCCUUUUGCCAUAACGUUUUUUGACAAUCGGCUUUAUUGGACCGACUGGAAGACUUGGUGCAUUCAUUCGUACGACAUGAACCAGCCACAAUCACAUCCACGUGAAUUAUUUCACGGCGAAUAUAUACCUGGUAGUGACAUUGAAGUCUGGGAUGCAAGGAGACAACCGGGCGGCAAUAAUCCUUGCAAACGAAACAAUGGUAAUUGUUCUCAUCUGUGCCUUCUGAGCUCGAAGGAACCUGGUUACAGUUGCGCCUGUCCCACGGGUGUCAAACUGAUUGACAAAUACACAUGCGCCAACAGACCGGAGCAGUUGCUGCUAAUCGUCCAACGAACCGAAAUCUGCCGGAUAUCCUUGGACUCGCCUGACUAUACAAACUUCGUGUUGCCGCUUACCGGCAUUAAACAUGCAAUUGCAAUUGACUUCGAUCCAGUGGAAGAGUUGCUGUAUUGGACUGAUGAACAAACAACUGCCAUCAGGCGAGCUCCCCUCGACGGAAUGAGUCAACAGAAUGUGAUUUCCACGGAGGUAGCGAAUCCAGAUGGUAUUGCAAUAGAUUGGAUCGCUCGCAAUCUCUAUUGGACCGAUACCGGGACCGAUCGAAUUGAAGUGGCACGACUAGAUGGGAAAUAUCGGCGUGUACUAGUGAAUGAAGAUCUAUUCGAACCACGAGCGAUCGCGCUCGCACCUGAGCACGGCUGGAUGUUCUGGACUGAUUGGAGUGAAAAGCGGCCGAAAAUUGAGCGCAGCAAUCUGGACGGCAGCGAGCGUAUAUUGCUGAUCACCAAGGACAUUGUCUGGCCAAAUGGCAUCGCCUUGGAUCUGGAGCGCAAUAAGAUCUAUUGGUGCGACGCAAAGACCGACAAAAUCGAGGUGUCUAAUAUGGACGGUACUGAUCGGCGUGAGGUUAUCACCGAUAAUCUGCCACAUCUGUUCGGUCUCACCUUGCUGGGCGAUUAUUUGUAUUGGACCGAUUGGCAGCGUCGCAGCAUCGAUCGGGCGCACAAGCUCACCGGUGGCGAACGUGAAGUCAUUGUCGACCAGGUACCCAAUGUGAUGGGGAUCAAGGCCAUACAUCUUGGCAAAAUGAACACCAGUAAUUCUCCGUGCGCCCGCGACAACGGUGGAUGUAGCCAUCUCUGUUUUAACAGACCUAACAACAGGUAUGUCUGCACCUGUCAGAUGGGCUACGAAUUGACAAAGGAUAAGCGCACAUGUGUUGUGCCGGAAGCGUUCCUACUGUUUUCUAGAAGGGAGAAUCUUGGUCGAAUCAGUAUUGAGAACGUUAACAAUGAUAAUAUCAUACCUGUCACUGGUAUCAAAGACGCUAGCGCUAUAGACUUUGACUUGUCUGAGAAUCGCAUUUAUUGGACAGAUGUUAAGUUAAAAACCAUCACACGUGUUUUUAUAAAUGGAUCAGAUAUCGAAAAAAUAGUCGAUCUCGGCCUAGAAUCGCCAGAAGGUAUUGCAUUUGAUUGGAUCGCGCACAAUCUCUAUUGGAGUGAUACUGUCACGCGCAGAAUAGAGAUGAUAAGAAUAGAAGGAGGCAGCAGGAAAAUACUUUUAUGGCAAAAUCUUCUCGAGCCCAAGAAUGUGGCUGUGGAUCCUGAGAGAGGCCAUUUAUACUGGGCCGAGUGGGGUAACACCGGCAGUAUCGAGAGAGCCUUUUUGGAUGGCACACAGCGGCAAGUGAUUGUUUCGCACAUCGGCCGAGCGAACAGUCUGACGAUUGACCAUGUGGGGCGCAAAUUGUAUUGGGCCGACAUCUCUACACCCGCGAUCAACUGUUAUGAUCUGUUGACGGAACGAGAGAAUGUCAUUAUUUCGCGUCACAUAGUCUAUCCGUUCAGCGUUACGCAGUAUCGGGACUUUAUUUAUUGGGCGGAUUGGAACACAGGCGACAUCGAAAGAGCGGAUAAGAUCACCGGAGCAAAUCGUACCAAGAUCCACACUAAUCUGGCGUCGGUGACGGAUCUGAAAGUGUUUCAUGCGUCGCGACAGUCUGGUUCGAAUCCAUGCACAAUUGCAAACGGCAAUUGCAGCCACCUUUGCAUCGCUCUACCGGGUCCGAACGGCGGUGCGUCCGUUACUCACAAAUGCGCGUGUCCCACGCAUUAUAAUCUGGCGCGGGACAAUCGGACCUGCAUGGCGCCACGACAUUUCAUGAUAUACAGUCAGCGUACUGCGAUCGUACGUUAUUUACCUGAUCAGACGGAUGACUGUGCGGAUGUAACAUUACGUGUACAGGGUUUAAAAAACGUUCGCGCGAUCGAGUUCGAUCCAGUGACGCAGCACGUCUACUGGAUUGAUGGUCGCGUGACAAUUCGUCGUGCCUUGGAAAAUCAGACGCAGCAGCAACAGCACAGCAGCACAGUUGUGGUGUCCAUCGGAAAUGGACAUUUGUUUGAUCUUGCGCUGGAUCCGCUCGGACGGCUGCUCUUCUGGACAUGUUCGACAAACGAUGCGCUCAAUGUCACGCGACUGGACAAUGGUUCGGCUCUCGGUGUCGUGGUGAAAGGUGACGGCGAGAAGCCACGUCACAUAGCGAUCUACUCGCAACAGCGAUUACUCUUUUGGACGGAUAUAGGGAAGAAGCGGGUGGUACGCAGCAAGAUGGACGGCAAGGAGCGCCACGUGAUUGCCGGCGAUUUACCGGAACAGCCCACCGGCUUAACGGUAGACAUCACGACGUACGUCGUGUACUGGGCAUACAGCAAACACAUUGAAUGCUCCAACUUCGAGGGUAGCGAUCGUAAGCUCCUGACUUUCACGCAGGGCUCGGCACUGCAUUUAGCAGUCCUUUUCAAUUAUCUCUAUUGGUACGAUCGUGAUGCACAGGUAAUUGAACGGGCAAACAAGACGUUUAAUGAAAACACUAGACGAGGUACGCAGGUGACGACAGGUCGCAUAUCUUUCACGGAUCUUAUUGCGAUCAACAUGCCUGAGGAUUCGCUCAUGGAGACACAUGUGUGCAGCCCAUUCAAUGACUACGGUGGUUGCUCGCACUUCUGCGUUGGCACCAACGCUAUUACCGAUGAGGCUACGGCAACAUUGCCCCGUUGCUCAUGUCCGAAGUCGUUGGUUCUGUCCGACGACGGUCGGACUUGUCGCGCGGCGCCUGUCUGCGGAAACGAUCACUUUACAUGUGCCGCUCCUAACGCGGCCGUGAGUAAGGAUUGUAUACCAGCCACGUGGAAGUGUGAUGGUCAAACCGACUGUUCAGAUGGCAGCGACGAGCUGGGAUGUCCCACUUGCUCCCGCGAUCAAUUCAGAUGUCAGAAUCACUGUAUCGAAUUGUCUUUAGUAUGCGACGGAACUCAGCAGUGUCCGGAUGGUUCAGAUGAGGCACAAUGUUGCGAGAUCGGACAGUUCCAAUGCGUCGGAAAUGGUGUUUGCAUUUCUGGAACAUCAUUGUGCGACGGUUGGGACGAUUGCGCCGACGGCAGUGACGAGGUACCGCCAGCUUGCAUGAGCCCGCACAAUCCUCAUCGUCAAAACGCUGGACCUGGCAUCAAUGAAUCUGGCAAGACGACUUACAUUAUCAUCAUUCUGGCAUUGGUAUUCGUGGUCGCAACAAGUAUUUUAAGCUGCUACUACUACUGCCGUAAAAAGUUUACCGGAAACGAAGGUCUGCCUGAUAUACUACAUGAUUCGGCGGGAGAUCCACUGUCGCCGAAACCUAGUAACAAUCGAAUGGUGAAGCCGAUGUUUAUUUCGCAGAAAAAUAAUAGGAAAGAUGGGGGAGGAAGUGGAGGCCUCAAAGUCGGGAUGGAAGCCGUAAGGAUGUCCAUGCUGAACGGAAGUAGUCUGGGCUCUAGUUAUGACCGUAGUCAUAUCACAGGUGCGUCGAGUUCUACCAGAGGAAGCUCUGCAGGUGGAUAUCCUCAGGAAACUCUGAAUCCGCCGCCGAGUCCGGCGACGAUCGUUAGCUCGACACGUUGCUCGAGCAGCAAUGCAUCCCGGUAUAAGCCAUAUCGACACUACAGGAGCAUUAAUCAACCGCCACCACCUACUCCGUGUAGCACCGACGUUUGCGAUGAGUCAGACAGUAAUUAUCCAGCGCGUUAUCGUUACGAAAGCGAGCCGUUUCCACCGCCACCCACUCCACGUUCUGUCUAUCACAGCGACGCAGCGAUCAGUUGUCCACCGUCCCCGAGUUCCAGAUCGUCCACGUAUUUUAGUCCCUUACCACCACCACCGUCGCCGGUGCCUUAAGAAGAAUUCAAAAAUAGAGACAUAUAACGCUCUGGUGCUUCUACUUUUGCAUUUAUCUUAUUUCAAUAUUUCUCUAUCGCGACUGUAGUCGUUGAUACUUAAAUCUUAUAAUUAUUAAUUAUGACUGACUAAUGAAUCGACCAUUGUGCAUAAAAGCUUUCAAUGAAAGUGCUCAGACAGAUAAUAAUUGAGAAUUCAAUGGUAAUUCUUACGAAACGAUAUAAAAAAAAUAUGAUAAAAAUAUAUUAGCUUUUAAAAAAAGCAAUAGAUUUCUGUCAUAUAGUGAAUUUAAAUGCAUUAGUGUACACUGGUGCAUAUUAAGCCGUAUCGACACUUGCAGCAGAUUUAUAUCUGUAAUGUGUGUAUAGUACUCCGCAGCAUCACACCGAACAUUUAAGCACAACGUAACUUUACCUCGAACAUUUGUUAGGUUCAAUACGACUACAUGGUAUCGCGUCAACUGUUACGCGAUGUAACCAAUUCUGUAAUGGGUAUUACGCGACGGCAUUGCAAUUACGUUGUUUCAAGUGGACAUGGCUUUACAGACUGUUGGUUUAUAAAAACGUAUGUAUAAUAAGUGGUUGAAUUCAGAUG